UUGCUUUCAAAACCGCCUCAGCGAACGAUAACGUUGCUGAAGCUUUAGUCACUUGCUUGUCAAGGGCUGGUACAGGAAGGUUGGCAAACUGGAAAACCUAGUAUUGCACAGGAGAGCACUGUAGUUCUCACGGCUGGGCAAAUUGAUACUUCCUCUGCCUCCUGUUUGCAGCUAGUGCAGCCACCUUUUUUUUGUUCUUCCAAGGAACUCCCCCUGUCUAUCAGUGUUUUGAGACCACUCCUGCGAAAACUAUCCCGACUCUCCCUGUUACUGUCUCCAGCCUCGGAUCAGAACUCUGACUGUCCUGAAACCAGAAGGAAAUGAGUUGCCUCUGUGCUCGCUUUAGAGACAGAGGUCCCCGCACAGAGACAGAAGAAAUGAAAAGGCAAAGCUCUGCUCAGCAGCAUGAGAUUAUUGAAUUACAAGAAGAUAAUGUGGAGGAAAGCGAGCCUGAUCACGACAAGCCUCUAAAUGCUCGAACGAGAAAGGAGAGAGACCACUGGAAGUCAUGCAGGAAAGUAGUUUUCUGGAAGUGUAAGCUGUGGAUGGUUAUAACUUCAAUAUUUCUAGUAAUCUUCUUCGUCAUUCUCAUCAGCCUAAUUCUUUAUUCUAAUGUUUACACAGAUGAGGAUGACUAUUGGGAUCCUGAUGCACUACUAAACAGUGGAAGUUUUCACAAUUUUUCGGGAACAUUGGAGUUAAUGUGUGGUCUCCCACACGUUUUCUCUGAGGACAUUACUAAGAGGCUAACAGAGGUCUACAGUUCAUCUCCAGCUUUAGGACGUUACUUUAGGUCAGCUCAAGUGAUUUCUUUCAGUAAUGAAAGCUCCAGUGUAAUUUAUCAGCUAGUGUUUUCUGUGCCACCAUCAACAGAAGGAUUUAUGGAAAACCUUAUGAACCCAGAUUUUAUAAGGAACAUUUUACGUCAGAAUAUUUACGAUGAAGACGAUACUUUUAAUCCUGGGACAUCUGAAUGUGACGGGUUAAAGCUUGACCGAACUUCUCUCACAUAGAAAUGAUGGAAAAGUUCCUCAUCUUCAUCACCACCUGGAAGAGAUGGGAUCUCCUAUCUAUUAGUAAUCCCAGGGCAGGGAGCUAUUCAUUAGGUAGAAACACUCCUAAAGUUGUUUUCCCGUAAAUGCUGCCUAUGGUGCAAUAUUGUAAAUGGAAUAUGUGACAUCUUUAUAAGUGUUGCACUCCUAUAACACCACUACCUCCUUCUUUAUUGUCCUGAUACCUCAACAAUCCAGUUUGCCCUGGUGGAAAUCACGUAUCUUCUCUGAUGCUCUGUUGACUUUGAAAGCUCUGCUUUGUCUUGCCUUAUGAUUAAAUCUGUCUUGCCUUAUGAUUAAAUCUGAAUGCUCUGUGCAAGCUUUAAAAGUGGUCUUGCACAUGGCUUUCUUUUUCUCUUGGUUUAUCUAAAAUUAUCUGCACAGCUUCACCCUUAAUGCUCACUUCCCCCCAUGUUGCUGCUUUUUCCCCUCCUAACUUCAUCAUAUGCCAUGUUUUCCCAUUGCUCUUUCCUUGUAAAACAGCCUGAAAACUUUUAUAUAUAUAUAUAUAUGUAUACACACACACAUAUAUAUAUACGUAUUCUUUAAUUACAUGUAAGACCUUUGCACUAGAUUCUCAAGGAAGCUUUAACUCUCCUUAUUCAUCCUAGAGUCUUCCUGGAUAAGGUGGUAUCUGCUCUAUUUUUCUCUUCUUCAAUGUGAAAUAGAAAAGAAGGAAGAAACAUCAUGAAGAAACAUGUCUUGUUCACUAACGCAUCUGAAUGUCACAGGAAUCUUUCAAGGGUAAAAUCAGCUGUGUGCUUUAAUAAUUAACUACUGCUACUAGUGAAUAGACAGAUAUUUGACCUGUGUUUGUAAAUCUGAAGACAAACUAGUCUACUCCGUUAGCUAUAGUCCCUGUCCCAGCAGUGGGGAUAAAAAUGAACAGAUGCAAGGCUUUUGCCUUAAUAAGGCAGCAAAUGGUUGUUCUUGUUGAUGAGAGAUCAGAUGAGACGGAUCAAUGCCAAGAGCAAGGUGCUGAAGCAGACCAUGCAGACCAGCGUGGCAGUGGAGUUAUAGACAGUAACUGGCAAUAACCUGAAAAUGAAGCAUUAACUUUAUGCAGAAUGGAAUGUAUUCACUACCAUGUUAGUGAAGUAUACCUUCUUGUCAUUUAUUUAUAGCCUGUAUAGUGUAUAGUGCUGUUGGAUAGACACAUUUAUUUUAAGAAAAAUUUUGUAUUUUAAGAAACACCUUAUGGUAAAUUGUGUUUUCUUUUCUAAUAUUACUAUUUUAUUUAAGGAGUACUCUGUCAAUGUUAUUGUGCAUUAAAU